AGAACUGAGCUUUGAUAUUGUAAGCAAAAAAAGCACUUAUUAUACAAGUAGAAAAUCCGAGUAGUAUUAGUUAUAGGUAAUUUCAAGGUCGGGUCCGUGCCAUACCCCUGUUCUAUUCAAAAAAAGGAUGGAAGGUGCCAAAAGAGAUGCAUGCUUUGCAACACAACUCAUCCCGCACUGAUAAUCUUGCUGUGAUGUGAUGAUCAACUUCUCCAGAUUCUGCGCACUCCUCAGUACAUAUGCUAUGAGUUCAAAGUCGAAACACUUGCCGUCAUUGUGGAACUGAUCAUUGCUUUCGAAUUCAUUGAGGGAGCAAAAGCUUUUGCGAUAAACAAACUUGACAUUCCGCAGUGAACUCUUAUCUCGAUUCAUGGACCCUGUAAACAAUAAUUCUCAAGAUUCGAGUCCCAACAUAAACAAAAUCGCCAAGAAAAAAGACGUAGAAACGGGCAUUGAUCGACUAACUGAGCUACCCGAAUCAUUGAUCGUUCGUAUAAUUUCGUUCUUGGAGAUGAAAGACGAUGUUAAUACAGACACUGUUGCUAAAAGUUUGAGACAACUCUGGACCCAUGUCGAUUCCAUUGUUUUUCGUUCUAACGCUAUGCCCCAAUGGGGAUUAUAUGGAGAGGUUCAUUGCCUUUGCUGAUAGAACUGUGUCGCGGUGUGCUUGUCCCAAUAUCAAGAAAUUCGUACUCCACUUUUACCAUGAUCCCGGGGCUAAGAAUGGGCCGUCCUUGAACGAAAUGUUCUUUAACUGGGUUCACUGUGCUUUGAGAAUAAUGUGGAAUUUCUGCAACUACAAAUACUCGGCCUUGAAACUGAGCCGCCUGAGUGGUUUUACCAGAGUUCGUCUCUCAUAAGUAUGAAAUUAUAUGAUGUGAAAUUGGGUUUUUCAAUCGUUCGCCAAAUAGAUUGGCCUUCUAUGAGGAGUUUGCACAUGAAAAGAGUGGAGAUCAAUAAUGAGCAAAUGGCGAAACUAAUAUCAGGUUGUCCUCAGUUGGAAACUAUGUUUCUUGAUCGCAUUCAGCCCAUCAUCACUAGCCUCAAUGUUACGUGGAAAAUUUUGAAAACAUUGAAACUGAAAUAUGUUAACCGUGAAGAUGAUGAAGUUCCCUUGCAUAUUAAAGCUCAUUGGCUUCAAGAAUUGAUUAUUACAAAGAAGUAUAGGGGUUUCAAUUGUCGUUUUCUUGACAUGUCCUCGUUGAAGAAAGCUCAUCUCUCUUUCACAGUUUUUGGCAUUGUUGAUGAGGAUGACUGGGUUGAUGUUCAACGGUUCAAUGUGGCAACUGAGCUGCUCAAAAGCGUAUGCAAUGUCGAGGAACUAAUGAUUGGGCCAGUGCUCAUUCACGUGAGACAACUUAUCCACAAUUCUGAUGCAUUUUGUCAAUCAUAUUCCCACAUCGAAAUGGCAUUAACUUUCUUGCAUCUAAGUGUAGGAAUGAGCACUUAUUUCAAGAUCAACUAUAAAUGCCUUAUGGAUCGUGCACUUAUAAAGAUUGCAGAUGAUGAGCUUCAAGUUGUAUCAUAUAUAUGUUAACGAAUUGUUAAUACUUUGCUUGAAACAGGCCUUAUCAAUAUUGAAAUUGUUACACAAGUCGUCGCCUAAGUUCAAGUGCAAACGAGUGUCAGUUUAUGUACCCAUAUCAAAGUAUGAUGUCCCGGGGUUGGCAUGCCUCUUACAUAACUCUCCUCUUCUGGAGACACUACUGAUAAAAGUGGUGAAUGGUCGUAAAAAGGUUUGCUUCUUCACAUCCCGUUCAGCACUUUGUUACUAGUUUCUAUCAUGGUCUGUUGCCUAAACUGUACUUAAUUUGUGCAGAAAAUCAACUACUAUUUCAGUGGAUAUUUCAAAAAAAAUCUUUAUAUCAAUGAAGACAAGUACUUGGAUCAGCAAAGAAACUAGUAACAAAGUGCUGAAACGGAUGUGAAGAAGCAAACCCUUUUAC